AUGGGAGACCUACAUGGCUCCUAUCUCAACGGCAUCGAAAUGACUCCGAAAUGGCCCAAAGCCAUUGGCCGAGCUCACCGCGCCGCCGAUGGCCUUUCCGAGGACGAGGCUUGGGGACUAGUCGCUGCUGCGAUUGUUCGGAAAGACCCGCGAGAAGGUUGGAUUGUUCGACGAGGCCUUCAGAAGGUUCGCGACUUGCUCCCCUCCCGUCAUGGAGGGUGA